ACAACGGUAACAAAGCCAUCUUGAGCUGCUCCUUGUUGGCAUAUAAACCCUGUACAUACACAGUAGAGUGGCUCUACGAGGGUGAAGAGAACAUCUAUACAGACAUGAAGAUAUUACCAGGUUCCUGCUCUUCAGCAGUGACAUUUAAAUCUCAACUUAAUCAGAAGUCAAAGAUUUAUGAGUCUCUGAAGUGCAAUGUGACAGAUGAGUCCAGUAACAAAGUGAAGCUGUUUCCCUUCAGCUCUCAGUCGUCAGGUUGGUCAUGGGAGCAUAUUAUAUUUCCUGCUUUAGUAGCAGUCUUAGUUGCUGCUGUGGUGAUGAUCACAAGGAAGAAAACUAGAGGGAACAUGGAAAUGGAUGGACAGAACAAUACUGAACCUGAAGAUGACAUUUCCUUGGCUUCCAUCAGCUACACCAAGAACACCAGAGAAGAAGGCACACUCUAGGUGGUGAUGAUAAAGGUGACAGUGUGACCUACAGCUGUGAAAGCCUUCUCGUCUUCUUCUGGAGUUUAAUCCUAGCAACGUCUCCUCCACAGUCAACAAAUCAAAGAAAUAAAUCCAGUCAUGUUCACUCAACAUAUUUAAAAAUGCUUUGAAUGUUGCCUGAUUGUUCAGUUACCGAUGAUCUAGAUCUAAAUUAAAGGGGCUAGUGCUAUUAUUAAGUA